CGGGGUUAUGUCUAAUUAGAGCAGUUGGCAACCUUCCUUGGACUAGACCAUGAAUAACUAUAUCCUCCUGGAAGAGCAGCUGAUCAAGAAAUCCCAACAAAAAAGAAGGACCUCUCCCUCCAACUUUAAAGUGCGCUUCUUUGUUUUAACCAAAACCAGCCUUGCUUACUUUGAGGAUCGCCAAGGGAAAAAACGAACACUGAAGGGAUCCAUUGAACUUUCCAGGAUCAAAUGUGUUGAAAUUGUGAAAAGUGACAUUAGCAUUCCGUGUCACUAUAAAUACCCCUUCCAGGUUGUUCAUGAUAAUUAUCUCCUCUAUGUCUUUGCUCCUGACCGAGAGAGUCGGCAGAGAUGGGUGCUGGCUCUUAAAAAAGAAACCAGGAACAACAACAGUCUGGUGCCAAAGUAUCACCCCAAUUUCUGGAUGGAUGGGAGGUGGAGAUGCUGUGUCCAGACAGAAAAGCUAGCACCUGGUUGUGCAGAGUACGAUCCAACCAAGAACGCUUCAAAGAAGCCUCUUCCUCCCACUCCUGAAGAUAACCGGAAACUACUGCCAGAGUCUGAAGAAAACUUAGUCAUUGCUAUGUAUGACUACCUUACCCAGGAUCCCCAGGAACUAAUGCUUCAACGUAAUGAAGAGUACUAUGUGCUCGACAGCUCGGAGAUUCACUGGUGGAGAGUCCAAGAUAAAAAUGGGCAUGAAGGGUAUGUGCCAAGCAGUUACCUAGUGGAAAAGUCACCAAAUAAUCUGGAAACAUACGAGUGGUACAAUAAGAACAUCAACCGAAAUAAAGCUGAGAAACUCCUUUUAGAUGAGGGUAAAGAAGGAGCCUUCAUGGUGCGAGAUUCUCGAACUCUAGGGACAUACACGGUCUCAGUUUUCACCAAGGCGUUUGUAAGUGAUAGUUGUCCAAGCAUAAAGCACUAUCACAUCAAAGAGACAAAUGACAACCCCAAGCGAUAUUAUGUCGCAGAAAAGUUUGUGUUUGAUUCCAUCCCACAGCUCAUCAAAUAUCACCAGCACAAUGGAGGAGGUCUGGUCACACGUUUACGACACCCAGUUUGUUCCUGGAGACAAAAGGCCCCCAUCACAGCUGGGCUGAGAUACGGCAAAUGGAUGAUAAACCCUUCAGAGCUCACUUUUGUGCAAGAGAUUGGCAGUGGACAGUUUGGACUGGUGCAUCUCGGCUACUGGCUUGAAAAGAAUAAGGUAGCCAUUAAGACUAUUCAGGAAGGGGCUAUGUCAGAAGAGGAAUUCAUAGAAGAGGCGGAAGUCAUGAUGAAGCUCUCUCAUCCCAAAUUGGUUCAACUCUAUGGGGUGUGCCUGGAACAAACUCCCAUCUGCCUAGUGUUUGAGUUCAUGGAACAUGGCUGUUUGUCCGAUUAUCUUCGGAAUCAGCGGGGAAGCUUUACCACAGACGCUCUCCUAGGCAUGUGCCAAGAUGUGUGUGAAGGGAUGGCUUAUUUGGAGAAAGCCUUUGUCAUUCACAGAGACCUGGCUGCCCGGAACUGCUUGGUGGGAGAAUCCCAAGUCAUUAAAGUGUCAGAUUUUGGAAUGACAAGGUUUGUCCUCGAUGACCAAUAUACCAGCUCUACUGGCACCAAAUUCCCCGUGAAAUGGGCAUCACCUGAGGUUUUCUCUUUCAAUCGCUACAGCAGCAAGUCUGAUGUCUGGUCAUUUGGAGUGCUGAUGUGGGAGGUCUUCAGUGAGGGCAAGAUACCGUAUGAGAGCCGCAGCAACACAGAGGUGGUCGAGGACAUCAGUGCCGGAUUACGUUUAUACAAACCCAGAUUGGCCUCCCCAGGCAUCUACAAGAUCAUGAGUCAUUGUUGGAAAGAGAGACCAGAAGACAGACCAUCCUUCUCCAACCUGCUGUGCCAGCUGAUUGAGAUGGCAGAAUGUGAACUUUAAUUCAGUCAUUGCAGUGCUACAGUUAAUUAUGAACCACGAAGGGGGAAUGUCGACUUCCCGCCACAAAGCAUUAAAGGCAGAGGCCGGGGAUCGCUGGGCAUUGGCAUCCCAACUAGGAGUGGAAUUCUGGCUGCGAGGAGAG